AUGUUAGUAGCUGUUUAUGAAGCCGAAAAGUCUUUGCAGAACGUGUCCCAUACCGAAGACGACGCUAAUGCAAAUCUGAACUCCAUAAAAAACUGCCCAACACUGACGGCCUCGGACACCGGCGCCGACCCAGCAGAGCUCCCUGGCUUUGACAGAUCGUCAGCCGAGGUGUGGAUUUACCCCACGAACUAUCCAGUCAGGGCGUACCAGCUAAAAAUCUCGGAAAAAGCCCUUUUUGAGAACACCUUGGUGUGUUUGCCUACCGGUCUAGGGAAGACCUUCAUCGCCUCGGUAGUGAUGUAUAAUUUUUACCGCUGGUACCCGUCGGGGAAGAUUGUGUUCAUGGCUCCGACGAAGCCGUUAGUUGCGCAACAGAUCGAGGCGUGCUACAAGGUGAUGGGAAUACCACAGGGACACAUGGCAGAGUUGACAGGCAGCACUCAGGCGCAAAUGCGGCGGGAGCUGUGGAGGUCGCGACGCGUGUUCUUCCUCACCCCGCAAGUAAUGGUGAACGACCUGUCUCGAGCGACCUGCCCCGCCUCUCAGGUCAAGUGUGUGGUGAUUGACGAGGCCCACAAGGCCCUGGGAAAUCAUGCCUAUUGCCAGGUGGUUCGGGAAUUGCGAAGCCAGACCGAACAGUUUCGCAUCUUGGCCCUGAGUGCCACUCCAGGGGGAGACACUGCAGCGGUGCAGCAGGUCAUCUCCAACCUCCUGAUCUCCCACAUAGAGCUGCGCUCUGAGGAGAGCCCAGACAUCCAGGCCCACUCGCACCAGCGCAGCCUGGAGAAAGCGGUGGUUCCCCUGGGGGACAUGCUCUCGGGCUACCAGGCCCGCUACCUGCAGGUCCUGGAGAAUUUCACGGGCCGUCUGACACAGCUAGGGGUGCUGUCUCAUCGGGACCUGCGGACGCUCACUAAGUACCAGCUCAUCCUGGCCCGGGACCAGUUCCGCAAUAACCCACACCCACGCAUCAUGGGAGCCCAGCAGGGGAUGCUGGAGGGGGACUUCGCCCUGUGCAUCAGCCUGUACCAUGGGUAUGAGCUGCUCCUCCAGAUGGGCCUCCGCUCCCUCUUCCUCUUUGUGCAGGGCAUCAUGGACGGCACCAAAGAAAUGGCACGGGCCAGGAAUGAGCUGCAGCGCUGUAAGGUGUUCAUGGACCUUUACCAGGAGAUGGAGGCACUCUUUAUGAAGCCCAGGCCGAGGGAGCCCUUCAUCUACAGCCAUCCUAAGCUGCAGAAGCUGGAGGAGGUGGUGCUGCAGCACUUCCAGGCCUGGACGGACAGCACAGUGUCCAGCCCAGAGGGCGGGGCCAAGGCGGUGAGCACGCGGGUGAUGAUCUUCUCUUCCUUCCGCGAGAGCGUGCAGGAGAUUGCUGAAAUGCUGAACCGCCACCACCCCCUAAUCCGGGUCAUGACCUUUAUGGGGCAGGCCUCGGCCGGGAAGGGGGUGCGGGGGUUCACCCAGAAAGAGCAGCUGGAGGUGGUGAGGCGUUUCCGUGACGGCGGCUUCAACACGCUGGUGUCUACCUGCGUGGGUGAGGAGGGGCUGGACAUUGGUGACGUGGAUCUCAUCGUGUGCUUCGACGCUCAGAAGAGCCCGAUCCGCCUGGUCCAGCGCAUGGGCCGAACGGGCCGGCACCGGCGCGGCCGCAUUGUGGUCAUCCUGGCAGAGGGGCGCGAGGAGCGGACGUACAACCAGAGUCAGAUCAACAAGCGCAGCGUCUACAAAUCCAUUGUGGGGAAGACGAACAGCUUUCGCAUGUUUCCCAGCAGCCCGCGCAUGCUGCCCGAGGGCGUGCACCCCACCCUGCACAAGAUGUUCAUCACCUGCGGGCAGUUUGAGCACCGGGAGACAGGGCGGCGCUCGUCUAAGGGCCGUAGGUCUGCUGCUGAGCUCCAGGUCUCCCUCCAGCACCCGCGGACUCCAGGGGCUCAUCAGGACAGUGUUAGGAAGGAUGGGCUCCUCAGCCCUUCAGAACUCUCCCUCUGGGAAUCCACGAUGCAACUGGGGGUUGAUGAGCCACAGCCAUUACUGAGCUCCUCCCACUUCCUGUCCAUCACAGAUGAGGCCCCGCCCCUGGAGCAUACGACCAAGAUCCGGGAGCUGUCCCUGUCUGAGUGGAGGCACUGGCAGAACCGGCCCUUCCCCACACACCGGGUCGAGCACUCGGACCGCUGCCGGCACUUUAUCGAGAUCAUGGAGCUCAUCGAUAGCAUGAGGCUGGAGGAGGAGGGAAGCUGUGCCUAUGAGAUGGAAUUGAAGGCUUAUCUCCAGAAAGGGGAUGUUGUCGGGUACAAAGGAGGCCAACCACCAGAAACGGCUACUGCAGUGAAGAGGCACAAAGCUGCCCCCAUCAACUCCAAGGGAAAGUCUUCCUCCAGCCCUGUGGUCAGUGUGGAAGAUGUGGAUAAGGAUUUUGUUAUUCUUAGGGGGGAUGCCCCUAAAGGACACACACCAGUGGUGACCCCUGCUCCCCAGUGGACUUUAAUAAAGGAGAAAACCCCUUCAGAGAAGUACAGUGGAGUUGGUCAAGGGCCUGGAGGUCACCAAAGCCACCAGUCAGAUAAAACAGCCCUGGACAUGGAUUUUGAGCUUUAUGACAAUUCUGUCGUAAUCCGUGAUGAGAUUGAAGAGCCGGAGGUCCAGUCUUUAGUGCAGAAGGAGGACCAGGACCGAAAUUCCUCACCUGACCAUGGUGCAGGACAACCAGGAGUUUUGUGCCUGUCUGAAAAAUGUAGCUCUGAUACUGGAUACAGCAGCCAACCGGAGGAACGUUGCCCAGAACUGGAUGGCAUGUUUUAUUUGCCCCAGUGGGAUGUUGGGCCCAAACUUCGGCCCCUACCAGGAACGCAAGAGAAAGUGAGGGUCAUUCUAGCCAACAUAAAAGACCUCUUGUCUCGGUCUCCACCACGAGACUUUGACCUGGAUGGUUCACUUUUUGAUCCUGAUUCCAGGACACAGCUGGCCAGUCCUGAAGCUAGAGAGUUAGGUGAUCCAUUCCAGGUGAAUUUCACAUUGGAGGCAGAGGGAGAGGAAGAGGACUUUGGUGAUUAUGCUCCAUCAAAUCAAAACUCAGAGGACAAGCCUCAAGAUGCCUUUCCUGCUUGGGGUGAAACUCCUGUCCAAAUGAAGACCAUGACUGACAAGAGUCCCCAUGAACAGGUCAGCAGUAUGGUCAACAGCCCCAGCUGGGAUGAGGUCUUCAGUGACAUUGAAGAUGUGCAGGACUGUAGGAGAUCGGAAGCAUCUGAUGAGCAGCCAGCACCCCAGCCUGGUCCCGCAGGUGACAGGCUCAGCAUCCAUACACCUUCACCACAGCUGGGCAGUGCGGGGCUGGACGAGAGCAUGGACUUGUUUGGAGACGACGAAGCUUUUCUCCAGGUGAGCAUCCCAGAUGUUCCCAGCGACAGGACACGGACUCAGCCUCCCGAGGAGCCUGCAGAGGGGAGAGAGCAUGCAGGAGAUGGUGCCAGCACAGAGCUGGAGGUGGAAGGGCCGCAGAACCCCCGCCUUCGCUCUCCUGGAUCACCCUCGAGACCUGCAGAGAACACAGACUGCUUUGACUGCUCCCAGGAACUCUUCUCUGUGAACUUUGACCUGGGAUACUCCAUUGAAGACUCUGAUGAGGAGGACUCUGGACCAGGGGAAAGGAAGCAGGAGAUGGUCCAUCACGCUGCAGAUCCAGCCCACGGGAGCACCGAGCACUCCACUCCAGCACCCCCACAGCAGAGCUUUCAGUCACCUGGCCGCUCUGUGGGCCCCCACCACGGGUGUGUCUCCACCCCAUUGGCUAAUCAGACAGGGAGAAGGGAGGGCCCUCCUCUCAUCUCCAGGGUGGCUUCGCUGCUGUCCCCCAUUGUUACAAGAAUCCAAGGGUCAUCCCCCUUACCUCCAGACUCCACCAUCUCUACCACAUGCUCACCAAUGGGUGGGUCUCGGCGUAUGGUCACACACCAUGGAGCUGUACCCGAGAGCUUGACCCCAAGAGUGCAUGCUGGGAAAAUAAACCAGGUCUCCACCAAGAGAUCUCUGCUACCGACACGAGGGUCUCUCAAUGGAGCAAAACUGCUGGAUCCUCCACUAACAGGGCUUGGCAGCAGCGACAGCGAGGAGGAGACGGUGAUUCGAAGGAAACAAAAGCAAGGCCAGGCCAAUCCUCUCUCCUCCCCAGUGGCUCAGAUGUGCAGUGAUGUGGACUCACCUGUUCAGGUUGCCCGGAGGCGGGCAGCUGCAAUAAGCACAUCAGAGGAGAGUGAGGGUGAAAGGAUGUCAGACCAGGACUUCCAGGAGGACUCCUUCCGGCGCCCCAAAGCACCCCGCCCCCACUCUUGCCAUGCCCCUCAGGGUAGAGCUAAGCCUGUGGGCAGAAGGGCACGGCAGUUCCUGGACGAGGAAGCGGAGCUAUCUGAAGAAGGCGGGUCUGUGUCCUCGGAUGAAGCAGAGGAAGAGGAGCAGAACCACUCCUUGGAUGGGUUUGUGGUGGAUGCCUCUCAGCUCUCUCAAGGCCUGAAUGACUCUGAGAUGCAGGGGGUUUAUAUGAAGUCAGUAAGAAGCCCUGCUAUGUCCAGCAAGUACAAAUUGGUCUACAAGCCCAGGCAUGAUGUGGAGAUCUUCUCACAGGUUCCAGAGCAGGACGAGACAUACGGGGAGGACAGCUUUGUAGUGCAUGGCAGUGAGGUGGAGGAGCUGAGCAGCAGUGAGGAGGAGGAGGAGGAGGGAGGGGGAGCGGGAGGGGUGGAGCUGAUUCCGGAGGAGUCCUUUGUGGGUGGGAGGAGGAUGUACCCCACCAGGCGGAGGGUCCAGCUCAGGCAAGCCAGGGCAGGGGCAGGACAGAGGAACCCCCACCACCAGGCCUCCAGGAAAACUAAGCGCUCCCGAAUUGUGCGCCCACAAGACUCCAGCGAGGAAGAGGAGGAAGGCAAGAGGAAGAGAGGGAACAGCGAAGAGCCCCCACGCGUUGGCAGGCCAGCGCAGGUGCCGGGUGAGGCCCUGUUCAAACCCCCUCAGGGUGUGCCCCCUGCUAGCCAUGGCCACAGGAGCCCAGAGGGGGUGUCCUUAAAGGAGAGGUGCCGCCAGAGGCUCAACCUUCAGGCCUCCGUGUCUGAAGCACAGGUCUGGGCGCCCAGCUCCACACAGUCCUGGCAAAAACAGCGAGAGGGUCAGAGUGGGGUUGGGCAGGGUGCAGGAGGUGGCGCGCCCCCUAUGUGCGUGCUGGCGGACGAGCGCAGCGUCGCCGGGGGAGCGGGGGAGGUGCUGUCCUGCCUGCGCCGGCUGCCUGGCGUCACCACGUGGGUCUGCCCGCUGGCCGUCUGCAGCUUCGCCGUCAGCAACCGCAUGGCCGUGGAGAGGCGGGCGCAGACGGAGGCGGCCAGCAGCCUGGGCUGCGAGCGUCUGACAGACAGGAUCGCCGGCCUGCUGGGCCGCUUCGACAGGGUCUGCCUCAUCCUGGAGGAGGAGAGCACCAGGCCAGGGUGCGAGGGCCCGUCACGGCGGAUCCAGAGCUCCCCGCACUGCGACAGCAUGCGGUCCACGCUCGCGCUGGCCGGGGUGAAGGUCCUCUUCAGCAGGGGGCCCGAGGAGACGGCCGGCCACCUGGCUGAGCUCGCCCGGCUGGAGCGCAGCAAGGGCCAGGCCAUCACCGUCCCCACGGAGGUCAGGGCUCACCAGCGGCAGGCCCUGAACGUCUACCUCAGUCUUCCCAGCGUCAGCUACGUGACCGCCCUCAACAUGUGCCACGCCUUCCAGACGGUGGGCCACCUGCUCAGGAGUUCGGUGGAGGCCCUAGUGGACGGAGCCCGUGUAAGCCACUCUCGAGCAGAGGAGAUCCUGCGGCAUCUCUCCGAAGUUCACUGUCCCACUGCGCCGCCCACUGACAAGAAACACAGCUUCUGACUUGCCACCCCCGACCCCUGACCCCAAUGCCAUCUUUCUGACCCACCACUGACCCAAAACACUGCACCUCAGAGCGGAGGAUA